CAGAAGACAGAACGAGCGUGCGUGCAGGGAAAGAACGAUAAUGGAUUGUACUUGGAUAGUGUUUAUGACAGUAUUUUUUCUCUGGUUCACUGUCAUGCUCUACCAUAACAGGUUUAAACUCAGAUCAAAGUACAGAUAUCAGCUUCCUUCAGGCACUCUUGGUUGGCCUUUCAUCGGAGAAACCAUCGAGUUCGUCUCUUGUGCUUACUCUGAUCGCCCUGAGAGCUUCAUGGACAAACGACGCCGCAUUCACGGGAAAGUGUUCAAGUCACACAUAUUUGGGAGCCCCGCUAUUGUUUCAACAGAUGCAGAGGUUAACAAGUUUAUUCUGCAAAGUGAUGCGAAGCUUUUUGUUCCUUCAUAUCCAAAAUCUCUCACUGUGUUGAUGGGAGAGUCCUCUAUUUUGCUCAUAAAUGGAAGCCUGCAGAGGAGAAUACAUGGACUGAUUGGGUCUUUCUUCAAGUCCCACCACCUUAAAGCUCAAAUCACCAGAGACAUGCAACAGUAUGUCCAAAAAUCGAUGGCAACUUGGAGGGACGACAGCCUCGUAUACAUACAAGAUGAAACCAAAAACAUUGCCUUUCAAGUACUAGUGAAGGCGUUGAUUAGCUUGGAUCCAGGUGAAGACAUGCAGCUUCUGAUGAAACAUUUUCAAGAAUUCAUCUCAGGCCUCAUGUCUUUACCCAUAAAUCUCCCAGGGACAAAACUUCAUCAAUCUUUACAGGCAAAGAAGAAAAUGGUGAAACUUAUCCAGAAGAUUAUCAGAGGAAAAAGGAAGAGUGGAAUCUGUAAAGUUGCAAAAGAUGUGGUGGAUGUAUUACUGAAUGAUGCAAGUGAGCAAUUAACGGAUGAUUUAAUAGCAGAUAAUAUGAUUGAUAUGAUGAUCCCAGGAGAGGACUCAGUGCCAGUUCUUAUGACUCUAGCUGUCAAAUAUUUAUCAGAAUGCCCUCCUGCUUUGCAGCAAUUAACGGAAGAAAACAUGAAACUUAAGAAGCUCAAAGAUCAGCUUGGAGAACCCUUAGCUUGGAGCGAGUACUUAUCAUCAUUACCAUUUACCCAAACAGUGAUUACAGAAACUUUAAGGAUAGGGAAUAUUAUAAUUGGGGUGAUGAGAAAGGCUAUGAAAGAUGUUGAGAUCAAAGGAAAUUUGAUACCAAAAGGGUGGUGUGCUUUUGCAUAUUUCAGAUCUGUUCAUUUAGAUGACCAAAACUAUGACUCUCCUUACCAAUUCAAUCCCUGGAGAUGGCAAGACAAAGAUAUUAGCAGUUGCAAUUUCACAGCUUUUGGAGGAGGACAAAGGCUAUGCCCAGGUGUUGACUUGGCCAGGCUUGAAGCUUCCAUCUUCCUCCACCAACUGGUUACUCAAUUCAGAUGGUUUGCCGAAGAAGACGCAAUUGUGAACUUCCCUACAGUGAGAAUGAAGAGGAGAAUGCCAAUAUGGGUUAAAAGAGUGGAAUUUUGAGGUGCUUUUGGUCAAAAAAGAUCAUUAUGAAGUAACUUAUUCAAAACUGGCACAGUACAAGAAACAGUAAUAUGAAGAAGAAGGAGGAGGAGAAGAAGAAAAGGACAACUGCAGAGAGAGAAGUGGACAAAGAAGGAAGGGUGGGCUUAUGUGAAUGAACACACGUGUGGGAAGAUUCAUUAAGC